AUAAUUUUUGUUAUUGGUCUGUUUUGGUAAUUUUAUCUAUCAAGUUGGUGUUUCAGAUAUGCAUAUGAUGGUUGCCAAUCUAGAGUAGGUAAAAUACUGUCUUUAUUAGUUAUCAACGACAUUUCCAAAUUGAAAGAACCAGUAAAAUGUCGUAUUACGAUUACUUGAUUUCUAAUAGUGGGUGGAUGACAUAGCAGAUGCGGGGGCUGAUCAAUACACCUUUCAUUUGGAAGCAACAGGUCAAACACCUCAGAACUAAGUACAGGGUUUUGGACAUUGAAGUUGAUAAUGGAGUAGGAAUUCCUACGAUUGAAGCAGCUGCUCGGGCAGGGGCCAGUGUGAUUGUAUCUGGCAGUGUCAUCAUCAAGAGUGGUAAACCAAAGGAGGUGAUUGAUGCCCUCAGAGCAACCACAGAAAAAUGGAUAAAGAUUAAUAGUGAAACAAGUCAAUGAAUCAAUUAGUUUGUCAGUGACAGUUAUAGGGAAAUUUUCAGCUUUGAAUAUUGCCAAGAAAGACCAAAUGGUCAUGUAUUUAAUUGGAAUAUUUUCUAAUGUUUACAUUAAGCUGCAAGGGCAUUUCAUAAAAAAAUAGAUAGAUUGCCAAGCAUUACUGUAAAAUUUUUCUAAAUCCAAGUCAGGACAGACCUUGUUUUUCAUAGCACUACAGUUUGUACAUGUGCAUGUAGCUGGAUCAGGGUUACAAUUAUCCUUCAUUCACCAAUAUUCUUAAAAUUUGCUCUCCAAUAUCUAGUGUCACAUAUUUAUCUGUUUUGGGUACUCCACCCAUUUCAUCUCAUACAAAAG